AUGGAGGAUGACUCGAAUCGUCUGUAUCGACUGGAUGGAGUCGCGCAUAUUGCUGGAGCCGUCCACCUCGAGCCCCAUCGAUGCAUCAGCAGCAUGAGACGACAACACAAUAUGAUGUUGGAUGAUAGGAUUGUUCCUUACUUGCAGAUGGCUGGUCUGUACCAUCUUGCAAGAUUGAACGAGAGUUGGUUUCGGUUGGACGAGCUGUUGGUCAGCGCCUUCGUAGAGAGAUGGCGCCACAUGCCAUUUGGGGAGUGCACGAUAACCCUACAGAAUGUAGCGUACCACCUUGAUCUCCCGACCGACGGUCAGUAUAUUAGCGGAUGCCUGACAGACUUUUCACGAUUUAUAGAGGGUGGCCAACCACGAUGGGUGUGGUUUGAUGAGCUGCUCGGGGUAUUGCCUCCUGCGAACUGCAUCGAUAAGUUCACAGUGAAGUGCACAUGGUUUGAGGAGACGUUUAGUGAGCUUCCACAGGGGGCAGAUGACGAGACGGUUAGGAGGUAUGCCCGUGUGUACAUCAUGAUGCUCCUAUCAAUGAAGCUGUUUGGGGACAAGUCAGGUACCUGCCUCCAUAUUCGAUGGCUGCCGUACGUUGGCAGGUUGGAGGACAUGGGUCAGUACAGUUGGGGUUCUGCUGCGUUGUCAUGGCUAUACAGGUGCAUGUGCCGUGUGGCGAACAGAAAUAUCGUCAAGUUGGUUGGUCCACUGCAGCUUCUACACUCGUGGAUCUUUUAG